AUGCCUACUGCUACCAGCCUCAUCGUCACCCUCGCGGCGCUCGCGCCGGCGUCGUCCUUCGUCGCCCCGUCGCGCGGCCGCUGCGCGGCCGUCAGCGUGCGGUCAGAGGAGGGCGGCGCGUCCUUCCAGAACACGGUCAAGACCGUGUCCGACACCAUCAAGCUGUUCGACGCGGGCUACACGAAGCCCAUCGUCAACGAGCGGUUCGUCUACGACGAGCUCUUCGGCUUCGGCUUCGUGACGCUCAUGGACAUGAUCAUGUCGCCCUACCCCGUCGCCGGCGACGGCGAGAAGAUCACGGACGCGCUCAUCGCCGCGCUCGACAUGGACCCGGCGACGCUCCGCGGCGACCACAAGGCCGUCACCGAGUGGCUCGCGGGCAAGACGGAGGCCGACGUCCUCGCCGCCGUGGCCUCCAACGACGGCUCCAAGGUCGCGUCGGCCGCGGCGACGAUCAAGGGCCAGGAGGAGUUCCACCACACGCGCCCGAGCAACGUCGGCCUCGUCGCGGUCAUGGACGCCGUCGGCUGCAAGCCCGACGACGAGUCGCUCGCGCGAUGGACCGAGGCCUUCGGCAUGCGCGCGCCCGCCGUCCAGCGCAACGCGGGCCUGCUCAAGGAGUACCAGGAGAAGGUCGCGAACGCGAUGCAGAUGAUCAAGAGCGCGGAGAUCAUGGAGAAGAAGCGCAUGGCCGAGGCCCUCGAGGCCAAGGCCAAGGCCGCCCAGGAGAAGGCCGAGUGGCUCGCGAAGCGCCGCUCCAUGUCGCCGAGCUCGGACCGGACGCGGUGCGCCUCGGCCACGUUCUCCGGCGUCUGCUUGCAGGGCGUGAAGACCCGCUUCCCGAUGGACGCGUCGCCGGCGAACUUCUUCGCGUCGUCGACGAUGCUCGGGGAGACGGGGAAGCGCGUGGCGGCGUCGGUCAGCGACCACUGGAAGCCGCCGCCGCCGUCGCCGAGCCGCGUCAAGGUCUACGACGAGGACAAGCUGGCCAUGCUUUUAGGGGACGCGCCGCCGCCGACGCACCAGAGCGUGACGCUGGGCCGCACGCGGUCCAUCCACGCGGCCAUGCGCGCCCAGCAGCGGAGCGAGAAGCGGCGCCAGGCGCGCGAGGCCGAGGAGCAGCGCGUGCGGCGCUACGAGCGCCACCGCGACGAGGCGAACAAGCGCCAAGCCGAGGCGGAGCGCGCGGUCCGCGAGCAGCUCAUCGAGAGCGCGGCGCGGCGCGAGCGCAAGUUCAACGAGCUGCGGUCCGACAUCGUCGAGGGCCACAAGCUCGCCGACGAGAUCCAGCAGCACCUGUCGCUCCAGGAGAUGAACGCGCGGACGAAGCUCAAAAGGCAGUUCGACGAGUGGAACGACGGCGUCUACGGCGCGAUCCAGGACCAGAUCAACGACCGCCUCGACGGCAUGGACUCGUCGGAGAUCAACCGGCGGCGGCGCCACGAGUUCCAGAAGUUCCUCGACACGACGAACGCCAAGGGCGCGAUCUUCCGCGACAUCAUCAUCGAGUCCGAGUACGACCCCCUCGAGCCGAACCGCAACUGCAUCAAGGUCAAGACCGAGGGCAUCCGCGACCCCGUCAAGCGCGUCCUCGACAAGCACCACGAGGAGACGUCGAUGCUCGACGACGACGGCGGCGGCGACGGCGACGGCGACCCGCUCGGCAAGACCAAGUCCAAGACGAAGCGCCGCCCGCGGCCCGUCGUGCGCGAGACCCUCGAGAUCACGUCCUGGGGCGCGGGCAAGAUCGAGGCGACGCCCCACGGCUACUUCGCCAAGCUCAUGGACGAGGCCAAGCCGCCCGCGGGCGACAAGGGCAAGUCCAAGACCUUCGAGUCGAACAUCCCCUUCGACCACUACAACGUCUCCGUCGGCUCCGCCGCCACGGACAAGGAGUUCCCCGUCGGCAAGAGGACCCACCACGUCCCCACGACCAUCAAGCUCGCGGACACCUCUCGAGGGAGCACGAUGUGUUUUCUUUCGGACUUCACUAUUCAAGUUGAUGUUUCUUCAAACACGCGGACGAUGGCCUCCCGGGCAGCCCUCGCCGCGCUCGCCGCGCUCACGGUGAUCGCCGCCGCGGACACGGACGUCGCCUUCUACGUGCUCUCGACGGCGCAGACGAAGCGCGUCAACAAGACGCACGCGGAGCCGCUGCACUGGAUCCGCCAGCGGGCCCUGCCGGCCCUGGCGACCUGGGGCAGGCACUUCGACGCCGUCUACUUCGUCGUCGAGGCGUCCUUCGCGGAUUCGGACGACGGCCGGCGGUGCGAAGCCGGCGCGACGGGCCAGGAGCUCGCGUGCGCCGACCUCGGCGGCGCGACGUUCCUCCUGAGCAACUGCACGAACGAGUACCGCGGCGCGGGCCCGUGCUGCAAGUGCGACGUCGGCCUCGCCCACGCGGCGCGCACGGGAACCGCCCGGUGGGCGGCCUUCGCCGACGACGACGUCUUCUUCGACGCGGAGUCCCUCCGCGCGAGCCUCGAGCCGUUGGACUCAAACAAGGCCUUCGCGGUCGUGCCGUCCGGCGCGCGGAACCGGCCGCCGUUCAAGGCGUCCGUCGCCUGCCGCAGCGUCAUGCGCCAGAGCUACUGGGCCCAGCCGGCGAUCCUCUCGCGCGGCGCGCUGGCCCUCGCGCGCGCGGGCCUCGAGCGCCGCGGCGUCUCCGAGGAGUGCGCGCUCUUCUCCGUGUCCCACGAGGGCGGCCUCGGCGUCUUCCUCUGGAGCCUCGGCAUCGAGCCCCUGGGCAUGCCCGAGCCCGACUUCUACGUCCGCGACGCGCGGCGGCUCCCGGGCCUGCCGACCGCGGACGAGGGCCCCCAGCCGGCCCGCAAGGUCAACGCGCGGCCGGUCCGCGGCCCGCGCCGGCCCCACGGCCCGCUGAAGCCGCUCGCUUCCGCGCCCAUCGCCGUCCACCGCGUCGGCCGGGGCAACGACUACCCGUCCUUCGAGGCCGUCGAGGCGCUCUUCGCGAAGGCGCGCGCCGCGGCGCCGCUCGCGCUCGGCCACCUCGCGCGCGGCGGCGGCAUCGCGCCGCGCGCGGGCCGAGGCGGCGGCGACGCCUUCACCGCCUUUCGACCGGAGGAUUGCGAGGCUUAA